AUGGACACAAAUGUACUUUUUGGUGGAAAAGUUGUUGUGUUUGGAAGAGAUUUUAGACAAACUCUUCAUGUGGUUCGAAGUGGAAAAAAGGAAGACUUCAUUCGUGAAAGCAUAUUAAACUCCGAAAUAUGGAAUGAGCUUGAAAAACUUCGAUUAUCAGAGAAUAUACGUGCGAAAACGGAUCCCUCUUUCUGUGAAUAUUUGAUGCGGAUUGCAAAUGGAAAAGAAAAGACAAACAUGGAUGGUAAAAUAGAAAUUUUGAGGUCUUUCAUUGUUCCUUAUAUUACUGAAAAAGAAUCGUUGGAUCUUUUAUUCAACAUAAUAUGUCCUGAUUUGCAUACAUCUUUUCACGAUUCUUCUUUUUUAACUUCUCGUGUUAUUUUGACGACAAAAAAUGACUUUGUUGAUGAAAUAAAUGAUAGACUUAUAGUUCAAUUUCGGAAAGACGCCAAGACAUUUAUUGCAAUGGAUGAAACUGUUGAACCAAAUGAUCAAAGCCAGUUUGAGGAUUUUCUACAUUCAUUAAACCCUACUGCAUGGGAGCAGAUUCCCCAAAAAAUCCCACCCUGCCCGACAUCGUCACGAGUAAGCCCCCUUCGCGAAGGUCCUCUCGCGAACGCGAAGAGUAAUCUGANUGGUCGUUCCUUCAGCGCGAACGCGAAGGCCAGAGGGGAGUGA